UUCACUCAGCCGUCCAUCCCAGUGUGGAGAGGAGUGGACUUUUUCCUCUACGAGCUCAGCGGGAUCGACAGCAGGCCUACACCUUCAGAAACUCAGAACAGAGUCAAACAUCCAGCAGGAUCUGAAGAUGAGGAGUGGAGUGGGGUUGUGUGUGCUGGGCCUGCUGGGCCUGCUGUGCUCAGUUUUUGGGCAGGAGGCAGCGGAGGUCCAGUCUGGUGUCCUGAUCUUUUGUGAUGACCCGUCUGUGGAGAAGGCUGUCCACAGCGCUGUGGACAAAUUCAACGAGAGGCUGAGCACCGGCCAUAAGCUGGCCCUCUUUCAGAUACUGAAAGCCAGCAAGUCAGAGAAUGGCUCAGACUCAGUGUACUCACUGAAGUUCACUACCUGGAAGAGCGAGUGCACAGCUGACAGCAGCAAAUCCUGGACAGACUGUGACUAUUUGCAGUCUGGAAGCAAGGGGCCGAUUUCUUGCAACGCCACCGUCCUCAUGUCAGAGACAAAGGCUGAGACAAAGCAGGUGGACUGCCAGAUUGAAGGGCACAUCGUUUCUGAGAAAGCAUCUUGCAUGGGCUGCCCAGAGCUCAUCGAUGUAGACUCCGAGGACCUUAAGGUUCCCCUUUCUGUCUCCAUCUCCAAGUACAACUCCAUGUCUGACUCUACCCACCUGUUCAGUCUGCACAAUAUUGGCCACGCCACCAGACAGGUGGUUGCCGGCUUCAGAUUUAAGCUGAUUUUUGACAUGAAGAAGACCGUCUGUUCCAAGGCUGAACACACAGACCUGAACGAGAUAUGCAUCCCAGACGAAAAUAAUCUGGAAUAUGCCAACUGCAACUCUACAGUGGAUGUAGCACCUUGGAGACUUGAGCCACCACAGGCCCACAUAGAGUGUGCACCGGGUCAAUUGCCACCCUCUAAGUUCGCCAGGCGUCGUCCUCCUGGCUGGUCUCCUCUCAGGCACUUCCUGUAUGGUAAUGGUAAUGGCCUGCAUAGCGCUUCUCAAGACCAUAAUACCCCAAAUCGCUUUACACUACAUUCAGUCAAACCCCAUGCCACAGCUACAUCUUCACCCUCACAACCCCCCACCACAGCUAAAACUAAAGAAUCAUCUGAGGAGGACACCACAUCUGCCACACCGUCAGUUUCACGUGACAAGGAUGCGAAAGACCACCUCUUCCACUGCCCAUCCAAGCCCUGGAAAGCUUUGAAGCCUCACCACUCUGCAGCUCCUACCAAGGCUACCGUAGAAGCGGCUUCUCCACAGCCCUCAGCAGAUGGAACCUUCAUCAAUACAGACCUGUUGUCAUAAUUUCUUUCCUCAAGGGAGCCAGAUUCAUAACAGAAAAUUUCCACUUGUUGCGCUCUUCCAGCAGAUUGUUUUUUGUUUUUGUUGCAGACUAGUUCUCUAGUUGCUGCAGGGAGUUUUGGGAGAUGAUGAUCGUCUUGUAAGAUGCCAGGUUUCAAAUGAUACAACA